AUGUGUCUGCGUGGUACGGAAGAUGAUCCUGCCCAAGUCUUCCCUGAAGGACCAAGAAAGCAUCACCCUUCAGAUGUCACAGCCAGGCAGUCUGCAAAUAAACGUAUUCGGAAUAUGAAAAGCCUAAGGAAAGAGAAGAAGAAGUUAGAAAAGAAGUUUGCAACGCCUGCUCCAAUUCCAGAACCAGGACUCAUAGUGUUCUUUAACAGCUGGCGUCCAACCGCAGGAGAUCCCACAAGUCCUCCCUGUCCACGGAGAGUUUGGGACAAGGAAAUUAGACAGAGACCCCUCAGGACUUCCAACAGAUAA